AGGCCAGGUAAAACCCCCGGACGCGCCCCCAACCCGCCGUGAGCACCCCACGAGACCGACUUGGAAAAGCCAGAGAGGAAAAGGAGACAGAGACGAGGAGGAGGGAGACACAGAGAGGGACGGCGGCGGCGGCGGCCUCCACUUGCCCGGAAAGCGCCGCUGCCCCCGCGGGGAUCGCGUGGCCCGCCUCCGUCGAGAUCUAGGGUUGCGGCCGGCAUGGCGAGCCCUCGGUCGCCCGCCGCCGGCGCCCUCGCCGGGGACGAGGCGAUCUGGAGGAAGCUCCGCGACGCGGGCUUCGACGAGGAGUCCAUCAGGCGGCGCGACAAGGCGGCGCUCAUCGCCUACAUCUCGCGUCUCGAGUCCGAGGUUUAUGAUUACCAGCACAACCUCGGGCUAAUGUUGUUGGAGCGAAAGGAAUUGGUAUCCAAGCAUGAACAACUCAAAGCUUCUAUGGAGUCUGCUGAGAUCAUGCACAAGCGUGAAAGAGCUUCCCAGCAAUCUGCUCUAGCUGAAACAAGGAAGAGGGAAGAAAACCUAAAAAAGAAUGUAGGCAUUCAGAAGGAGUGUGUUGCUAAUCUUGAAAAAGCACUGCAUGAUAUGCGUGCGGAAACAGCUGAAAUAAAGGUUUCCUACGAAACCAAAUUAUCCGAAGCACUUGAAAUGAUGGAUACUGCUCAAAAGAAAUUUGACGAGGCAGAAGAGAAGCUUCUUGCAGCAAAAUCUUUGGAAGCAGAGUGCACUCGUGCUCGUAAUGCUGCAUUGAGAAGUUUACAAGACAUGGAAGAACGUGAAGACCAGCUUAGAAGAUACCGCCUUUCUAGUGAUCAUGAGUAUGAGGCCAAAGAAAAGGAUAUUAGCUUACAAAGGAAAUCGUUGAAUGAUAUGAAGAAAAUGUUGCAUGAAAAGGAGCAGGUUCUACUGAAAGAACAAUCACUUCUUAAUCAGAGGGAUGAAAAUAUCGUUGAGAGGUUAGCACGUGUAACUCAGUCGGAGAAAAAGUUAGAAGAGGACAAGGUGAUUCUCGAAGCUGAAUGGAUGUCUCUAAUGGAAGAGAAAAACAAGCUGGAUCUUAAAAUGGAGGCAGUAGCUUCAAGGGAGGAAGCUAUAAUUCAGAAGGAAUCCUUGCUUGACAAACGGGAGAGUGAGCUGUUGAUUUUGCAAGAAACAAUUGCAAAUAAAGAAAGGGUUGAGAUUGAAAGGCUGAAUCAUGAACAAGAAGUGGCCCUGGAGAGGAGAAAGCUUGAGUUUGAAACUGAGAUGGAGAAUAAGCGCUUGUCUUUUGAGGCGGAAAUGGAGACGAAGAGGACAUUGCUGGAUCAAAGAGAAAGAGCUCUCAGUGAGCAAGAGUUGGCAUUUGCUCAGAGGGAGCAAAAUGUUGACAUUCGGCUUGCUGAAUUAGCAAGCAAGGAAGAGGCCAUAGCAAGGAGAACAGAUGAGUUGAAUGACGAGGAAGGAAAGCUCCUCUCUCAAAGAGAAGCGUCAUACAUUGAGCUGCAAAAAGAAAGAGAGGAAGUACAGAAGAUGAAAUUAUAUUUGGAGAAGGAAAAGGUUUUCUUUGAAGAGGAGAAACGGGAAGCAAUUCAAGCCCAGCAAAAUCUUGCAAUAACCCAAGCAGAUAGAGAUGAUUUGCUUACUCUACAGAUCAAACUUAAAGAAGAAAUUGACAAUCUUAGAGCCCAAAGAACAGAGCUCGUGGCUGAUGCCGAUAGGCUGCAAGCAGAAAAAGAAAGGUUCGAGAUUGAAUGGGAGCUGUUUGAUGAAAAGAAAGAGGAGCUUCAAAAGGAAGCUGCUAGAAUUACUGAAGAGCGAAGAGUAAUGACAGAGUAUCUCAAUAAUCAGUCAGACAUCAUCAAACAAGAGAAGGAAAAUUUGCGUGCUGAGUUCAAGAAGAAUUCAGAAACCCUCUCCUGUGAACAUGAAGAGUUCAUGAUUAAGAUGCAGCAAGAACAUGCAAGUUGGCUGAGUAAGAUUCAACAUGAGAGGGAAGAUCUUACAAGAGACAUUGAUAACCAGAGAAUGGAAUUACUGAACUUGGCCAAGGCAAGGCAGUUGGAAAUCGAUGCUGAUUUAAGGGAAAGAGAAAAGGAGUUUGAGCAAAAAAAAUCCAUGGAGCUCGAGCACAUAAAUUCUCAAAAGGUGAUGAUCAUGUCAAAACUUGAUCAUGUUGCGCUUGAAUUGCAGAAACUUGAGGACGAGAGGAAAGAGGCUAAUUUGGAGCGUGAAAAGAGAGAGCAAGAGCUGUCUGAGAUAAAAAACACCAUUGAAGCCCUUAAUAAUCAACGAGAGAAGCUGCAAGAGCAAAGAAAGCUCCUACAUUCAGACCGAGAAUCAAUAACAGAACAAAUUCAGCAACUUGAUGUGUUGAAAGAACUGAAAAGCGAUUCUGAGAACAAGCAACUGUCUUUGAUAGAGUCUGAAAAGUCAAAGAUGAACUAUACUGGCCUCCUUCCUUGUGGUGAAGCUCAUAAUUCAACUCCUAAGAAUUGUUCUGCACCAAAGCUUCUUGAAAGGAAACUAGAAGUGUCACCUUCAGUCUCAACACCAGUAUCUUGGGUUCGAAAAUGCGCUCAGGUGAUAUUCAAACGCUCUCCUGAGAAGAGUUCUGGUCAUGAUAAUGGUAGACUUCUUGAUAAUGGUGUACCAAAAAACCUUCGGAAAACUGUUGACAUCAAUGGAUCACUUGCUGAUGAGCUAGGCGACCAAGCUGGAGAAAUACCUCAAGUUGUUAAUGGUGCAAAAGUUGGGAAGAAAAGGAAUUAUUUGUUGUCAUAUGAUCCAAGUGAAGCUUUAGAACCAAGGCGGAAGUACCAAAGGAGCACUAUUCAGACAGUAAUUGGAGGGGAAAUUACUUUGAACAACUGCCCAUCAGUUCUAGAGGAGAAGUGCUCCAAAAAUGAACAUGAUGCCGCCCCACUUGGUGUAUUAUCUGGCAUCAGCAAGGAUCAUGAAUACAGUAAUAAAGGGCCACAGAACCUGAGAAUACCAGUAGACUCAGCUUCAUCUGAUGAUCUGGUCUUUGCAAAUGGGAAAGCGGAUAAUUCAGAUUUUGCUGACGAGGAUGAACCUUCAGAAGAGAUCACAGUGUCCGCAACCGAACCAACUACUGGAGCACUUGAAGGCAGGGAUGAGCAUGAUGAAGAUAGUGAUGACGAAGAUGAAGAGGAAGAGGAAGAGGAAGAAGAGAAAAGUUCGUCAGCGAAGAAGUUGUGGCGUUUUCUCAUCACAUGAGUAGCAGCUUCCCCGGUAGUAUAGUCAUACAGAGCUGACUGUAGGCUGACAGUUACCUCUUAUGAAGUUGCUUUGCUCUUAGUUCCAUUUGUGUCUCCACCUUUCGGGUUGAAAGGUUGGGUGCUUGUUGGUUUUGUGUGCCUAUGAGCAGCGGAGGUUUUGGAAGCCGCUGUGAUGAAUCACGCCAUGCAUGUGUUCUUUAUUUUCACAUCCUGAAGGCUUCAACGUGUAAAGUGGUUGAUAGCUUGUGGUUUGUGUCAAAUUGAUUGGGGGUGUAGGAACAGCCCAUAUGAUGAGUAUUAGUGCCGUUAUGGGUGGUGUGAUA